UGCCCUCCUGUGAAAGGAAAUUUGUCCAAUGCUCGGAUGAGAAACACAACUGCUGUGCUGCUGCCUCCCUUGUCAAUCACUUGUCUUCCCCAGAGUGCAUACUUCCUCCAGACAGGUUAGAGAACAAAGGAGGAAUUCCUGCUGCAUCUAAUCAAAGGUCUGAGAUUUCCAGCAGAGGUAACCCAGCCAGCAUCAGGAAUUGAUCACAGGACAAAGCAUACCAGGAAAACCUUCCCUGACUGGGGUAAGGCAUCUGGGGAGGCUGCGCAAGUGGUUACUGAAAUGAGAGCCGGAGCCAGAAGAGAGAUUCAAGACACAGUUAUUAAAAGGAAUACCAAACCAUAUUAAUUCCUAUGUAUACAAAGGAUUACCUAUCUAUUAUGUGCCUGCUUGUGGUCACCCCGACUGGUGUUUUGAGCUCUGAGGAUGGGACUGCAGUCCUUUGAUCAAGGGCAGAUGCAAAGAAAAUAUUUAAAGUCCUCUGAAAUCAACCAGGUGCUUCAGUGCAUUCCUUCCAGUAUGUGCUGCUGGUAUAACCCACAAUACAAUAAUGAUCCUGAAGGUUCAGCUCCUAUUUGGCUUCCUCUGGUGUGUGCUUUUUCUGCCUACAGAUGGCUUCCCAGCAGACACCAGUACUGAAUUCCGCUCUGCUUUCUCUGUAGCCAGAACCAGCAGCAUGGAAGGGAGCUCUGAGAUGGUCAUUACAUUUGACAAGGUGUAUGUGAACAUUGGCAAUGACUUUGAUCCGAAGACAGGGUUGUUCCGGUGUCGGAUCCCUGGAGCCUAUUACUUCUCCUUCACUGUUGGGAAAUAUCCGAAGAAAAAUUUGUCUGUCAUGCUGAUGAGAAACAAGAAUGAGGUGCAAGUGAUUGUAUAUGAUGAACAUCACCGCAAGGAACGGAAGGUAGCCAGCCAGAGCGCCAUGCUGCAGCUUGACUAUGGUGACACAGUCUGGCUGCGUUUACAUGGAGACCCCAAGUAUGCUCUCUACAGCAACGUGGGCCCCUAUACAACUUUCAAUGGCUAUCUAAUCUAUCCAGACACUUCUGCCUUCUUCCAGAAUGCUCUGAGCUCUCAGGAGCUGGUGCCACCCCAUCGCACCAUUCAGCAACUUCCAGGGGAGCAGAAUGAGGCUUCACACCGACACAUGUUAUCUGAUCAACCAAACAGGAAGCAAGACCCUCGCUCUGCAUUUUCUGUUGCUCGCUCACAAAGUCUCCUGGGGACAGAUGACAAGCAAACCCAGCAUGAACCAAUCACAUUUGACACAGAAUUUGUGAAUAUUGGAAAAGAUUUCAAUUCUUCUAGUGGCAUCUUCUCAUGCCGUAUACCUGGUGCAUAUUAUUUCUCCUUUACCAUUGGCAAAAUGCCCUUCAAGACCAUGUCAGUGAAACUUAUGAAGAACCACAAUGAGGUGCAGGCCAUGAUCUAUGAUGACAACCACUCCAAGAGGCGGGAGAUGCAGAGCCAGAGUAUCAUGCUGCCCCUGCAAUAUGGGGACACUGUCUGGCUCUACAGCCAUCAGCAUGAUGGCUAUGGUGCCUACAGCAACCAUGGCAAGUAUAUCACCUUCACGGGCUUCCUGAUCUAUUCAGAGGCUCAGUCAAAGCGGCUUCCAGGUGCCAGCUCACCCCAAGCAUCAGAAAAUUAAAUGUGGAUGUGAAAGGAGCAUUAAGAGAAGCCAAGGUGCCAUGUACUUGGAUGUAGCUCCUGUUUGGGUAUCAUCCUCUGCUUAGAGCAUGCUAACAUGUGUCCAGUGCUUUCCUUAUGCCUCACACUUGUGCCAUGGCUGCAGAGCCAUUGCUGUGUCUGUCAUUCAUCCAUAGAAAGGUCUUUACAGGAUGUAUGUGUGUGUCCCGUGUUGGUGUUUGAUUUAAACAUAAAGCAUGAGGUAGUUUUGGGGGCAGGGGUGGGGCAGUGUAGUUAGAUGCUGAGGAUCAGAGAGCCAGUGCAGUAAUGUUUCUGCAGAUCCCUAGCAUCCAGAAAGCAAAAGACUUUCUUUGCAUAUCUGGGGAGGAAACAAAUGUAAUGCAAAUGAAUGUAAUAAAAAUACAAAAGAAAAAAUGUAA